AUGGAAGUGACCCCGCAUCUCAAAAGUGUCCUGAAGAACUACCAGCACAGCGCUACCAAGAGCCUUCAAGGCCCAGGACUUUCAUUAGUUACUGUUAAACAUGAGAUUCCCUCCCCAGAAAUCAACGAAGAAGAAUUUGUACCAGCACCGUUUCCAGUUCAACAGGUACCUAUCCUUACCAUCCCUGAUACAUCUUGUAGUGAACGUACAGAAACGAUCCUUGAAGGUGAAUCUAUCUCGUGUUUUGUAGUAGGAGGUGAAAAACGACUUUGUUUACCACAAGUGUUAAAUUCGGUUCUUCGUGAUUUUAGCUUGCAACAAAUUAAUCAAGAGUGUGACCAGUUGCAAAUUUAUUGCUCCAGGUGUACUCCAGAGCAGCUCAACGUGCUUAAAAACCAAGGUAUUCUUCCAAGUGGUGCUCCCAGUUGUGGGUUAAUCACCAAAACGGACGCGGAAAGGUUGUGUAGUGCCUUGUUGUAUGGACAAGUGACCACGGAACUCAGGCCUCGCAAAGGUUCGCUUUCUAUCCCUAUUUACCACGAGUGUUUUGGUAGAGCCAGUGGGUUGUGCUAUCCAGAGUUGUACACAAACAAAAAUGCGAAGUGUAUCGAAUGUGGGGACUGUCAAGCGGGAUUCUCUCCACAACAGUUCGUGUGUCACGUGCAUAGAAACUUAGAGAAUAGGACUGUGCAUUGGGGUUUUGAUUCAAGUAAUUGGAGAAGUUAUUUACAUGUGCCCAAGGAACAUAUAGAAGAACAUUAUGACCAGUUUGUGAAAAUUUUGAACGAGAUGUGGCAGCGAUACGAAGGCAGUAUCGGAUUUCCUCCUCCGGUUGUUGAACCCAUCAUCAAAAGAAAACAGAUGAAAUAG